AGCCUUACCUUCAAUAGUUUCCUAUAAAACGAUAGAAGUGAACUGUGUACAAAGUGAACUGUUUGGAAGAACCAGAAAAGGUUGUAAAGCAGCAGCAAAAGGUGAAGACAGACACUAGAAGAAAACACACAGAGCAGAGUGACCGUUAAAAAAAAAAAAGCCCGAAGGCGCGAGAAUUCUCUGACACAUUCUGAGCUGUUCGCGCGCGAGAAAGGAGCUGCGCGGGUGUGCGAAAUCAUUCAUCAGAUAUUCUCUUGGAGCACAAAAGAAGAACAGUGAGAUGUGUCAAGAUGUCAGAGGUGGUUGAUCUUAGGACCUGAAUGUUACUUAUCUAAAGUUUAAAGAAGACACACUGGGACUGAUACACACCCUGAGCGCUGUAAAUCUGAUUUAAAUUUGUAUAUCACAUCCAUUUACAAUAAGGCUAACUAGAUGUUUAUAAGUGAAGCGCUUACACUUGAGUGAUAAAAGGUUGAAGAGUGCAGGCACGGAAAAAUUAUAUAUAGUGUGGAACAGUAGAGGAUUUUCUUGAUAAAUUUGAAUCAGGAAAAUUGAGCGCAACCACAACUUUCUUCUGUGCGAGGACGGGCAGAGUUUGUUUAAGUGCUGCAGUGGAUAUGAACUCUUCUGGGAAUUCUCCAGAAUCACACCACUUCUUGAUCUUCUCAUGGAAAAAUAACUCAGAACCUCACUGCUGUCAGUCUUCUAAUCUAUAAGGAGACACCACCACCACACUGCAACUCCCGAGACAGAAAUUCACCUCACAUCACCUGAUAUAAUCUUCAUCUGAGGACCAAAAUUUGGAGGCACCAAAUCCCCAAUGUUGCUCAUAUUAGACAAGCUAUAUAUAUUUCUAUGACCAUAUAAACCCUCCGGAUCAUCGAGAAUUGCAGUUUAUAUGGAGCGAUAACUGGAUUGGCUGUAUCAUUUAGAAGUGAUGGUGGUGGUUAGUCGGCUGGCUGUUAUGAUUUUUAUGUAGUAAACAAAAGCAGAAGGGGGGAAAAUUGCAGAGACUGAAACCUUUAAAAGAAAUGAACACUGUGAAACUUUAAGCCCAAAAGAAGACUUUUUGUUCCAAUUAGGAUAUUCGAUUCUUCUCAUUGCUGAAGGUGGAUUUUUCAUAUAGAAAAACUAUUUUGAUUUUGUCCUAUUCCCUCAUUAAUGAACCUUUCUAUCUCACCUUAGCACUAUUUCCUUCCCAGAGUUCAUUCUGGCUGGGCCUGUUUCUUCUAAAGGAGAGGAGGACUUCCUCUCUAUUGCUGCCUCACGCCUCAGUCGCAGGAAGCGCGUUAUUGGCGCAGCAGUAGGUGUGGCAAUGGUGCUAGUACUAUUGGUCGCCAUUCCACUAUUGGUCCACAGCACCAAAUUGGGUGGGUCAGGAGGUGGAGGUACGCAUUAUGAGAUGCUUGGAAGCUGUAAGAUGGUCUGUGAUUCUCUAACACCCACCAAUGAACUAACACCUGUUUCCCCUCCUCCUCAUGACAUUCCUGGACGCAGAGGGGGUAAGUCAGGUUUUCGUGGUAACCAAGGGCCACCAGGGCCCCCAGGCCCACGUGGGCCCCCUGGAGAACCAGGAAAAGCAGGUCCUCCUGGACCCCCAGGUCCAGGCCCAGGGGGAUACAUCCCAUCAUUCUACAGCCCCAAAAUAGCCUUCUAUGCUGGUCUGCGUAAGCAACAUGAAGGGAGUGAGAUACUCAAGUUUGAUGAUGUGGUGACAAAUGUAGGGAAUUACUAUGAGCCUACCACUGGCAAGUUUACCUGCCCUCUCCCUGGAAUCUAUUUCUUCACCUAUCACGUGCUCAUGAGGGGGGGAGAUGGAACUAGCAUGUGGGCCGACCUCAAGAAGAAUGGACAGGUGAGGGCCAGUGCAAUUGCUCAAGACGCAGAUCAGAAUUAUGACUACGCCUCUAACAGUGUGAUCCUGCAUUUAGAUGUGGGAGAUGAGGUUUGCGUCCAGCUGGAUGGUGGGAAAGUGCACGGAGGAAACACCAACAAAUACAGCACGUUUAGUGGCUUUCUCGUCUACCCUGACUAACACAUACACAUUCAUACAAAAAUACACAAAGCACAUGUUUACAGAUAGCUACAGAUGCUGCUCACCCUUUCAUAAAUCUAGUGAUCUACAGUAAGAUGUAUUCAGCACCAUCAACAUUAGACUAUUAUACUAUACUUGUAAAUGGAGAGCAUGGCCAGUGAUAUAAUUACAAAAUAACAAUUUCAGUGUUAACUUUAAAACCGAAAGUAUGCUUUUUGGUUUUAGUCUUAAAGUCAACAUGAAAUGACAUACGCAACCUUUUUUACUUACAGUAUGUGACAUAUUUCUGAAUGAUAUGUGAUAUUAAAUGAGAAAAAAAACAAAACAUCAAGGACGGUAGGCCUAUAUGGCAAGCGGAUGGAGGGGAUUGAAAAAUAAGAUGGCUUGGAAAUUACCAUGCAGAAAAGGAGAGACGUUUCAGAGGCAUUUCAGCGGACCGACCAACAAGUUUUUUCUUUGGAAUAACGUGUGUCAGGUUUUGUAGAAGGAAGGGCAUGACUCAAGCAUAGAGUGUUACAAUGGGCUUUAUUUAACAAAAAAAUAAAAAUAUGCAAAAACCACCCCGAAGUGAAAAAAAAAAAAAACACAAUCCAGGGUGACAAACCAGAUGACGGACUGGAGCAGGGGGGAACUGACAAGAAUCCAAACGAAACAGGGAACACAACCGAGCUAGUAAAAGACAGAGAACAAAAUGGAGAAUAAAUAGUAGAGAAAUAAGGAGGGUAACCAGAAGGGGCAGGUGAAACUAAUGAACUAAUAACAAGGCAAACAAGGGGGAGGGGUUUCACUUAUGACAGCACAGACACGAGUGCACAUGGUGAUGAGAAAACAUAAAGCCAAGUGCACUCACACAACACUAGUGUCAGGAUCCAGCCACAAAAACUAUAAACAAGACCAACCGAAGUGGCAGGAUCCUGACACUAGAUAUACUAAACAGGCACAAACACAAAAAGACAGGUGACAAGAUCCUGACACAACAAACUAGAGAGUCGGGAUCCUGACAAAGUGCACUGAUGAAUCGUUCACAAUGAGACCUAUAUAUAACUAUAUAGCUAUACGGUAUUUUAAUUGCUAACAGUCUUCUGGAUCUAACCAUGGUUUAUUUGCUACUUUUCUUUUUAAUAGCCCACCAUUGGAGUGUUUAUGAAAUUGAUAAUGUUAAUUAAAAUUUCUGAACCACAACAAUGACAAGCUUCCUUAAAUUAAUGCUGUUAUGUGUCAUUUGCAAAGCUCACGUAGUAUUGAUGUUAUCAACCUCCCAUCAAACUAAAAAGAAAAGUUAUUUUAAGAAAAACCCAGAAUAAUCUUUUUGCAUUUUAAAGAUCCAUUCUCCCUCUGCAACCAGUGUAUGAAUUUAUGUGUGCGUGCAUGUAACUGCAUAACAGUGACUUGAUGGGGGAAAAAAAAGGCUGUAUGCAUUUCAUGGCAUGGAAACUGUAUGUUUUUAACUUCUAGUCUUUUAAGUAUGUACACUAUGUUUAUACUGAAGGAACUUUGAGACUAUUGUGAAAUUAUAAAUCAGUGACUCUCUGUAUAAUGUCACAAAACAUCUCGUAGGAUUGUAGUCUUAUGGACUAAACAUUUAAAGGUGACCUGAUCCAUUGUAAUCAGACAACAUCCAGAUUCUGUGUGUGUAUGUGUGCGUAUGCAUGUAUCGACAAUGUGUGUAAAGUGUGUGUGCAUAUAAAUAUAAAGUGUAAGAAAUUUUCUUUAAAAUAUCCUAUUUGUAGAUUGAUUCCUGUUGUAAAG